GUUCCAUCUCACACAAGUACAGUAUCGCUGCUACACUGCUCAACUCGACGAUAUGAUACGUCAAAAGACGAGAUUGUUGCAUCUGUCGUGUCAAUGUAUCUGAUCAGGCAAAUUGCACCUUUGGUGUGAUUCGGAAUAGCAAUCCAGAUACUCAACGUCUGAUGGCAAAUUGAUGAGAAUCGCUCUUUGAACAGACGCCGAGGACGAGACCCAUCGGUGGAGUAAAAACCCCUCAGGCAGCUUACCUCAACGCUGCUGUGCGAAGAAGCAUCCUCAGCAAGUCUCGACUAUGCCCGGCUUACUCCUCCGUUUGGUGACCGCACUGGUCUUGGUGAUACUAGUUUCAGUUGCGACCACCAUUCUAAAGCAGCUCUUCCGCCGCAAUGUCCACAAGCCGCCGGUCGUCUGGCAUUGGGUGCCAUGGAUAGGUAGUACCGUCGACUACGGAAAAGACCCUUACAAGUUCUUUUUCAAGUGCCGAGAGAAGUAUGGCGACCUCUUCACGUUCGGUCUACUUGGAAUGAAAGUCACGGUCUUCCUUGGAGCAAAGGGCAAUAACUUCAUCUUGAACGGCAAGCUCAAGGACCUCAACGCCGAAGAAGUCUACGGGCCUUUGACAGUACCGGUCUUUGGUCCGGGCGUUGUUUACGAUGUAGAAAAUGCUCGAUUUAUGGACCAGAAGAGACUUCUGAAAGAAGGCUUCUCUAGUCAAAAUCUGCGCGCCUAUGUUCCCGAGUUCGUCAAAGAAGUUGAAAACUUCAUCAGGACCAACAUUACCUUCCGUGGCCAGAGCGGAGUGUGUGACAUUUCCUCGGCGUUUUCGGAGAUCUCUUUAUACACCGCGGCGGGCUCUUUGCAAGGUCAGGAAGUGAGAGACUCAUUCGAUGCGAAAUUCGCCACGUACUAUCGUCAUCUUGAUGACGGUUUCGCACCUAUCAAUUUCAUGUUUCCCUGGCUGCCCAUACCGAUCAAUCGCCGACGCGACCAUGCUCAAAAAGUGAUGGCUAGUCUAUACAUGGACAUCAUCAAGAAACGGAGGUCGGAAGGAAACAAGGCCGGCAGUCAUGACAUGCUCUGGGCUCUAAUGGACGCCCGCUACAAGGACGGAACUCCCAUCACCGAUGAAGAAAUGGCGAACUUGAUGAUAGCUCUGUUGAUGGGUGGGCAGCACAAUACAGCUGCCUCGGGAACCUGGGUCAUGCUUCACCUGGCACAUCGACCACACCUGAUCGAAGAGCUGUACCAAGAACAAGCGGAUCUGCUGGGCGGCCAAAGCCUCACUUAUGAAUCGUUACAGAAACUCACACUUCACAACAAUGUGAUCAAAGAGACACUCCGCCUGCACAGCCCCAUCCAUUCGAUCAUGCGGAAGGUCAAGCAGCCAAUGCAAAUUCCAGACACAGGUAUUGUUGUCCCGGCUGGCCACAUCCUCCUUGCUGCACCUGGGGUACCUGCUCGAAGCGACGAAUUCUUCCCGAAUGCCAUGGACUGGCAACCUCACCGGUGGGACAAGCCUUCGGAAAAUGAGCAGCAAGAUGAAAAGGACGGGAAUGACACAAUUGACUAUGGCUAUGGCGCGGUCUCCUCCAAGGCUGUCUAUAGCCCCUAUCUCCCAUUUGGGGCCGGUCGACACCGCUGUGUUGGAGAGACGUUCGCCUACGCACAACUUGGAGCCAUCCUCGUUACGAUGGUGAGACUUUUGCAAUGGGAGCAAGUCGACCAAAGAGCUCCCGUCCCGGAAACCGAUUACUCUUCCAUGUUCUCCCGACCGAUGCACCCUGCUACCAUACGCUGGAGGCACCGUCGCUAAACCUGCUGCUCAUUAUAAACCGAAACGUCCAAUCUAUGUUAUGACGGCGAUCCCCAAAAAAUACAACCGAGGCUUCUAGGCUUCGAGGCUCUUGCUGGAAGCUCCUUGUCCUUAACAGCACAGUUGCUUGACAAUUUCGUGACAUGGAACUCUUGCUCCGACCAUGGCCGAUCGUGUGAGCGACAAGGAGCCCACAAUAGAGCCAAGAGCACUUCUUGCUAUCGAGGCCAGCUGGGACUCAUCUUCUACACUCAAGGACACAACCGGGGGUACUAGUAAUCUGUAAUUAAUAUUGCCGAUCAUCUUCUCCUGCUUUCCGUAGAUUCAUGGAUUCAUG